CAAUGAAGGCCAAGCUCUGUUGAACAACAUGCAAAGCUAUCCUGUAAUUAUUGGUCGAAGACUGAGAGUUAACAACUACAAUGGUGUUUCUCUCUCUACUUGGUUCGACUCUGCUUUGCUUGUUGAUCCACCGAUACAGGAAGCAAGACAACUCAAGAAUUGGGCAAUGAGAAAUGCAGAGUCAAUUGCAGAGAUCGUUGAUGCAAAGAGCUACAUUAAAUACAAUCCUGCACUUUCUUUAAAAAGAGACCAGAAAACUACUCUGAUUUGCAAUGUUACCCCAUCACACAAGACUGCUUGGGUCAAGGCAAAUCUCUCCUUUGAACACAUCUUCCAGAAAUAUUGGUACAUGAGUUGUGCAAAAUGUUACCGAGCUACAGCGGCAGAUUAUGGAAUUGAAUUUACUUGUAAUUCAUGCAAAGAAAAGGGACCUGCUAUGCCUAGAUGCCGGUUUGACAUUGAAUUGAGCGAUGACAGCGGAGCUAUACCUGCUUCUAUUUUUGGAGAUCUAGCAGAAAAUAUUCUGACCUUUACUGGCCUUGAAGCAAUGGAUAACUUUAAUCAGAAUCUUGAGCUGCCACUUGAGUUUGUUCAUGCGCAGCUUAAAACAAAGACAUAUCUGGUUCACAUUAAGCCAGUCCAAACACAGCUCGCUGAUGCCAGACAGCGUUAUACAGUUCUAUAUUGCUCUGAACUUGAACCAAAAAUUGCUCGUCCUCAGUUAACACAUGAACCAGAAUCUGUCUCUCUUUCAGCUGACCAGCAGACAGAAAAUGAGCAGCUGUUGACACCAGAACAUGGCAGCUCUAGCUCAAAAGUGCGCCUUCGGCUCAGUGAAAAGUUUGAUGAAACAGACACUGUUAGCACCAAUGACUUUGACAGUCCAGAUGCUGACUCUAAGAAGAAAGCAAAAUUAGUCUGAAUUGCCUUCGCUGCCUUUUGGAUUGCUCAGACAUAAAUAUUUUUUUUUGGUUUUGUGAUCUGCA